GGAUGAUGGCGGCUGGGCGGAGCGACGAAGCGGGGACAGGCGGCGCAGAGAGAUAACCCCACUGUGAGGAAAAAUAGUGAAAACCGUUGUCCUGUUUUCGCCGAGUUCUGUUUAUAUUUCACCACUUCAUCAAAGAGAGGGAGGCCAGCCCAGGAUGAACGGCGAGUCAGGUGCCGGUGUGGUGACGGCCCCCCCUCCCACCACAGCCCCCCACAAGGAGCGAUAUUUUGACCGGGUAGAUGAGAGCAGCCCAGAGUACCAGAGGGAGAGGAAUAUGGCGCCAGACCUGCGUCAGGACUUCAACAUGAUGGAGCAGAGGAAGAGGGUCUCCAUGAUAUUACAGAGCCCGGCAUUUUGCGAGGAGCUGGAGACGAUGAUCCAGGAUCAGCUGAAGAAGGGAAAGACGCCCACAAGCCUGUUGGCUCUGCAGCAGAUCGCAGAUUUCAUGACCACCAGCAUGCCUUCCAUGUAUCCUGCGGCACCACAAGGAGGCAUGGCAGCGCUCAACAUGAGUUUGGGAAUGGUGACUCCAGUCAAUGAUCUGCGUGGCUCAGACUCCAUUUCCUACGACAAAGGCGAGAAGCUGCUGCGCUGCAAGUUGGCUGCCUUUUAUCGGCUGGCUGACUUGUUUGGCUGGUCUGAGCUUAUCUACAACCACCUCACAGUCAGAGUGAAUUCAGACCAGGAGCGGUUCCUUAUUGUUCCCUUUGGGCUCCUUUACAGUGAAGUUACUGCCUCCAGUUUGGUGAAGAUUAAUCUCCAAGGUGAAAUAGUGGACCGGGGUAGCACCAACCUUGGAGUCAACCAGGCUGGUUUCACUCUCCACUCCGCCAUCUACGCCGCGCGCCCUGAUGUCAAGUGCGUCGUGCAUAUACAUACACCUGCAGGCGCUGCGGUGUCUGCCAUGAAAUGCGGACUGUUACCCAUCUCUCCUGAAGCCCUGUCCCUGGGGGAGGUGGCCUACCAUGAUUAUCAUGGCAUACUGGUGGAUGAGGAAGAAAGUACUCUCAUACAGAGAAACCUUGGGCCUAAAAGCAAGGCGCUCAUCCUAAGGAACCAUGGCUUGGUGUCAGUAGGUGAAACAGUGGAGGAGGCUUUCUAUUACAUCCACAAUCUGGUUACUGCCUGUGAGAUCCAGGUACGCACACUGGCCAGCGCUGGAGGGCCAGAUAAUCUGGUGAUGUUGGACCCUGGGAAAUACAAGUUGCGCCCACGGGUCCCCGAGCCAGCUGGCGACGGGUCCUCAACACAUCCCAAGUGGCAAGUCGGGGAGCAGGAGUUUGAGGCUCUCAUGAGAAUGCUCGACAAUUUGGGCUACAGAACGGGCUAUCCUUACCGCUGCCCGGCCUUGCGAGACAAAGGUAAAAAGUACAGUGAUGCGGAGAUCGCCUCCUCUGCCCACGGUGGUUACUCAUAUGGGGAAGACAGUGACUCAGGUGCUCGCUCCCCGCUGAAACACAGCUUCCAGCGCGGCCAGCGCGACAAGACCCGCUGGCUAAAUGCCAGCGGCCGCCCCGAUGAGCCCUAUGAGGACGGGCCCGACGGCAGCAGCCCCAAGUCGAAGCCUAAGGUGUGGACGAACAUAACACAUGAUCACGUCAAACCCUUGCUGCAGUCUCUCUCGUCCGGUGUCUGCGUGCCAAGCUGUAUAACCAACUGCUUGUGGACAAAGGAAGAUGGGCUCCGCCAGGCUGCUGCAGCCAAUCAGUUCAUCCCACUGAACACCAACCCAAAGGAAGUCCUGGAAAUGAGGAAUAAGAUCCGGGAGCAGAACCUGCAGGACAUAAAAACAGCAGGGCCCCAGUCUCAGGUUCUGUGUGCCAGCACUGUGGUGGAACGCACCUUUAGCCAGGACGCCCCUCUGUCUGACUGUACAGACACUAUUGAUGGCCUCGAUGUGUCCGAGGGCUCCUAUAGUCCUGCUAAAUCAAUUAGAAAGGGCGAGCUGGUGACCGCAUCCAAGGCAAUCAUCGAAAAGGAGUAUCAGCCCAAGGUCAUCAUCAGCAAGCAGGGUCCCAACCCCUUCACCAAACUCACCGACCAGGAGCUGGAGGAGUACCGCAGGGAGGUGGAGCUAAAACAGAAAGGAGGUGAAGUGCAGGGGCCAGCCACAGGUAGGGAGGGAUCAGCCGCUGGUAUACCCAGCCCGGAGCCUCAAACAGCGCAGAUGGGUCAAGCCUCCACACCUCUGCAGUCUGCAGCUGACUCAUCCAGCUUAGAGAAAGCCCAGCCUACAGCUGCCACACCAGCCUCUGAGCAGGGCCUCUCUUCUGUCGGAGGAGCCGAGCCAUCUCAGAGCGGAGCAGACUCUGCAGGGACGCUGGCAGAUGAUGUUUUUUCGACUGCAGAUGAGGUUUUUUCAGCUCCAGAUUCUCCACAUAAGGACUUCCACUGUGCCGUGCUGCGAGCCCUCAGCAAGGAGUCCUCGGUGGUAGAUGCGGCUAAGGCAUUUCAGGCUCCAGAUCCAGGGCAGCAGAUAGAGUCUGAGAAUGAGCCCAAAGACCCCAAACCCACAUCCACACCACCCAGUACCCCCAUCAGAGCAGAGGAAGAGUCCUUGCCAGAACAAACCUUUAAGGACGAGAGCGACGCGGCCACCCUGAGACAGACCCUUCCAGAUUUGACACCCGACGACCCCUCAGAUGUUCCAGCGCUUCCUGCCGAAGACUCCGCCCCCACCACUGCCGACACAGCCGAGGGGGAGGAACCCGGCGACGCCGGCGACCAGGAGGGUGAAGAGUCUCCCAGCAAAUCCCCCUCCAAAAAGAAAAAGAAGUUCCGCACUCCUUCCUUCCUAAAGAAAAACAAAAAAAAGACAGAGUCCUAGAUUGAAGAAUGUUGGAUUGGUCCUCAAGGCUGGCUUCUGCCUCUUUUAGUUUAGUUUAGUUUUUUGUUUUUUUUAGUUUUUGCUUUCUGUCUGCUUUCAUCACACCCUUCAAGCAAGCCACAGUUACGCACCGUUUUUAUUUUGGUAUUAUUUGCCGCUGGCUUAUUAACCUAUUUUUCCUUGCGUGUGCCAAUUUUGUAUACAAUGUAAAAAUGAGUAAAUGAGUGCAUAAGGUUUUUAAUUAGUAGCGGCUUUUAGUUGUGAUUGAGUGUUGCAUUUUUGUCUUGUCCACUACAUCUGGCCUUUUAUGCAUGUCUCUUUCCAUGGGCCCACAUACUCAAUGUGAGGUUAUUAUUAUUAUUAUUAUUUUUAUUUUUUUUUUAAAGAUUAUUACUAAACCAUUGUAACCACUAGAAUGUAAUGGGAUUGGGGCAAAAUAUGUAACAAGUGUCUUUUAGGGGAAAAAAAACAUUGAAUGCAGAAAGAGAAGCUCGUACCCUGUCGUACUCACUUUAAAUUCUUAGACCUCUGAAGCUGUGCAGCCAUAUAAUUACACAUUAACAGAGCAAGAGGACGACACUUGCGAUUUUUUUUUUUUCAAUCGAGGAUGUACCCAUGGAGAAGUUGUCCUUAUUUUUGAAUAAAUCAUUUAAUUCGUUAAAUAUUAAACACACCUGGAUGUUGAUUUGCUUUUUUUUUGUUUUUUUGGUUUUUUUUUAAGAAAAACAAACAAAAAAAAUACCAAACUCUAAAUACCCACAAGGUCAGGUAUGUUGUAAAGUGCUUUCUAUAUUGAUUUAAUGUAGAUGUUUAGUUUAAUAUUUCACAAACCGGCUUCAUUAAAUUAUCCAUCUCAGGUGCUGCAAAACUGCAGAUGGUAUUUUUCUGAAGCUUUGAGCACAGUUCAUGGCAAAGUGUGAGUCAUUGCUGGAAGUGUGGGCAGGCAUUCUGCUUAAUGAUUAUUCUAAGGGUUAAUGUAAUGUAUUUGCUACUGGCUGUGAGGUGUAAGUAUGAAGGAAUGUGUAAAAACAAAUUCUCAGUUUGUGGUUUCCAUUUUAAUCUUUUUUUCUUUUUAGCUUGCCUUUGUUUUGCAUUUCCCUCGGUAUAAAGUCUGUGACAUGACAUACUUUAUUCUGCAUAAACUGUUUUCUUUUACUCCCAGAGUAGAUUGAGCCAUGGUUACUUGGUGUGAGAGCACUGUGAGCCUCCUUUUUUUUUUUAAUAAACUCCGAUCACACUCUGCUUUGAAAUAGUCGGUCAUAGAUACAGUUGUUACAGAACGUAGAAACAGCUGUUAUGAAGCAUGUCUGGACCUCUGUGUAAAAUGUCACUCUGAGCAAACAUACUUUGUCACCGAACACCUUCACAUGUUUCCAGUUGCACAAGACACAAUGCACACUGGAGAAGCGGUUCUAUUUUUGUUAACCUAAUGUACUCUAUAGAUCGGAAAUGAGUGGUGCUUGAGGUUGCAGGGCAUUAAUAUUAAGGCCAAUUCCAUGCUUUGCUUGACUUGUUUCUUCAUCCUGUUUUAACAUACAGUAAGCCCAAAAAGCACCUCUGGUGGUUUAACUUGCAGUGCUACACGUAUAAGCUGAGAAGUCCUAAAGGACUGCAUGAGAAGAGAGCAUUACUAUAACUACCCCUUUAGAUUUGAUUUGUAUUUAAUUUUAGUUGUAGUGUGCUGAUAACAAUAAUAAAGUUCCUGUAGUCAUUUGAGUCUACCAUGUUUUUUAUUUUGUGAUUGCUUAACUAUGCUGAUUUGUAUCCUCCGUCUGAACUGCUUCCAGUUUAAAUGUCUUAUCAUAACAUGUACACACUUAACACUUCACCGCUUAUUUGUCAUGGUUCUGCCUCUUUCUACAACCAUGAAUAAAAACACUACCUUGAAAAUCA